AUGGAGGAGUUCGAAGCGGCAAACGAAACUGCUGACGCUCUUGCUCAGAAAUUUGCCUCGGAAAAAAAUGACAUCGUUUGCGGUUUUCUCAAGGAAAAAGAAAUCAUCGGUAUGAUGCAUCAAGAAGAAGUGAAUAAGCUGGUUGAAAAGUUUGAGCAGGAAAAAGAAAGCAUGCGAAAUGAUUUUGAACUGGAAAAGAAAGACCUGUUGCAAGGAUUUCAUUCACAGCAGGUGGAAAAGAUAAACGAAUUUGAACGAGAGCAGGAAAGUUUGAAAGCCAAACACGCAAACGAGUAUCAUUUAAAAGAAAGGAAAAUUGAAAUAAAGUUCAAGGAAGAGAAGUCUAAAAUGAGACGCGAAUUUGAAGAUGUCAUCGCAGAUAAAAACGAAGAAAUAAAAAUGCUGCGACGAGAUUUCUUGCGAAUGCAGAAGAACGGAGACGGCUUUACUCGAACCUCGCCAGACUGCGAUGUUUACAUAAAACGAAUAGAGCAUGAAAAUGAGUUAAAACGAGCCAGGGAAGAAUUUGACAAUGAAAAAUUAGAAUUAGAGAGGAAAUCUGAUCGAGAAAAGGCAGAACUAGUGCAAGUUUUUACGAAUCAGACCGAACGAACGAAUAGUUACUUUCAGGAGGAGAGGCAGAGAAUCCAAGAAGAUCACCAAAAGGAAUUACAGUUUAAGCUAGAGGUUACCGAAAGGUUGCUCUCUGAGAAAUUUGACCUUGAAAAGACAAGAAUGAUUCAACAAUUUAAGCGCGAGAUAGGAGAGCUGCAGGAGAGUUUAGAGAUCGGUUGUAACGAGAAGCUCCUUGAAAAGGAAGAAACCAUUGAUGAGCUUGAAAAAGAGAAAAGAGAUUUGCUGAAUGCACUGCAAAUCGAAAGAUUUAGUUUAGCUCAUGUCUAUAAUCGUGAACUAUCUUUGCUUACUAAGCCAGAUCGGCCGACCAAAGAGGACGUGGAAGUCGCUCUCAUCGACGAAAUUGCCAAACUGAAACAAGAACAUGGUGAAGCGUUGACUGAAAUGGAUAGACAACACAAGCAGAAGAUAGAAGUAAUUAAAAGGGGCCAGCAACCUAUCAAAGAAUUAGAAAACAAACAUCGAAAGGAGAUCGAGAACCUUAAAAAGCAAUUUGAAAGUGAGAAGGAGAGUUUGGAGGAAGAAUUCAGGAAAGAGCAGUUCAAUUUGUUAAAGAGUUUUGAAUUUGAACGGAAUGACCUUGAACAGCGAUAUAAAGAGAUGAUAAAUGAAAAGCAAGUGGAAAUUCAACAGAGAGAAGACGACAUGCGAAACAUGUACGAGGGAGAACUUGAUGGACUCAAGAAAAUUGUCGAGGAUCAGAGAAAAGAACUGGAAGUCUCCAAGCAGAAACUGGAAGAUUUGGCCGGUGAGAUGGAGGAGUUUGCCAGCGAAAAGAAUAGAAUGGAAGAAAAAUUUUACAAGGAAAAUAAUCAGUGUCAAAACCUGGAGCAAAAUAUGCAAAUCAAUCUGCAAGCAUUCGAGAAAAACAUGAAGGAGGCUGAAACACUGCAUCAUCGGGAACUUUCUGCGAAAAUGGAAGAAUUUGCAAAGGAGAAAGAUGAACUGAGGAAAAACAGUGAGAAUGAAAAGGCAAAUUUACAAAAGGAAAUCGAAAUUCUUAAGGGAAAGCUGGAAGAAAUCCAAAAAACACCAGAACGCCCUAUUGUUGCCACCAGUCAGAGCGUUCUAGAAAAUGACUUCGUUGAGAUCGACGCAGGUGAUAUCGCAUGCAGCUACGCAACUGGGAGCAAUGAAUCUAACGCAGUAGAAAACAAAAAACCAUUAGGAGAAAAGAAGGAAGAAGAAGGCAAAUUCGAAGGGAAGGAAAAUGAUGUACACUUUUUGGAAAAGACAGAAAUUAAAGAGGAGGAGAGACCACAGAGCGUCCAACAAAAAGAUAUAAGCAAAGGUAUUCAGCAAAUCCAAGAAAGAUUGAGGAAAUGUCUUACUGAUAAAGAAAAGGAGGAUACUUUGGAACAACUUGGCAAAUGCAAUAAGCAGCUAAAGGAAGCAAUCAAUCAGGCAAUCUUGGAAAUGGACAAGCUUUGCGAUAACAAAGUUGAAUGCAAUGAUGUGAUCCAAAUCAGAUCACAGACAGCAGUUUCUCUCUCCGAUCACCUUCUUGCUCUGGAUGAUAUUCUGACCGAUGAAGGAACAGAUGGAAAAAGUGACAAUUCUGGUAACUACCAGUUAAAAGAAAAUAUUAAAGCGGUGUUGAAUAAUGCACACAUAUCACAUGAAGUUGAAAAAUUACAGCUACGAGAAAGACACCAAGAAGAAAUCAGCGAGUUACUGAAGGAGCUGGCAGAUGAAAAGACAGUAAGGGUCCAAGAGGCACAGCUGGCACUGAGAUAUCUACAAGAGCAAGACGAAAGUGAAGUCAAAACCUCGGAUUAUAUAACGUUUAAGGUCACUGAGGAAAAAGGAACAGUAACAGAUGACCUUGAGAUCAGGCACGAGAAAAUCAGUCAUGAUAGCACGAAAAGAACCAAUAGUGAGAACAGUACACAUUCUUCCUCAAGCAUGGUGGAAGAGUUUAGGCAAGAGAACGAAGAAAUGAAACGAUCAAUCGGAGAACUGGAAAGGCAUUUCAAAACUGAAAAGGAGGAACUUAUGGAAAAACUACAUACACAGCAUAAGGAAUUUGUGAUGAGCGCUGACGGGGAGAUUAUUGAAAAUCUCCUAAGGCAGAAGUCUACUUUGGAGGAAGCUUUCAAUCUUGAAAGAUUCUACUUGGGCAGGCUUUACCACUUGGAAAUGAAGGAUGAAUUGGAACGUUCUCUUAAUCGAAAGGCAGAGAAAAUGAAAAAGGAUCACGAUCGUGACAAGAUGGACAUUGUCCUGAAAUACGAAAAAGACAUUGCAGAUUUGCACAGUUUGCUGACGGAAAAGAGUGAUAUGGAGCUAAGAUUGUUGCAAGAAAAAAAUGACGCAAUGAAGAAACUCCUUGCCACCCAGAAAAGAAGUACUCCUGAAAGGAGUAAAGCUGAAAAGGGACAGAAAGAGCAAGAUCGACUUGAAAGAGAGAAAGGAAACCUGAACCUUACAAUUCCACUGAAGAAAGAAAUAGCUGAUUUACAGAAAAAAAGGCAAAAAGAACAUGAAACAGCCGUUGCCAAUCUCAAAAAUGCCAUUGAUUUAAUAAAAGAAAUGUCCAACACGCAGUCAAUCUCAGAAAAGGAAGAGAAACAAAACGACCGACAGCGAUUUCCUAGUGAAGACUCCCCGCACUUAGUGGUAUCAUCGACCAUAGGGAAAGCGAACCACAGAAAUGGUAAACGACUUGUGGUAUCCCAGGGUGAGAUUUGCAAUAGAGAAGAGUUAAGGGCUGCCCUGGAGAACCUUGUCGAAUUAGUUCUCAACGACGAAGAGGAUUCCGUUUACGAUUCUGAAUCAACUUCUGGUGCGAGCUCAGAUUUAGAGUCCGAGGAUUCUGGUCCGACAGCUGCAAAAGAAGAAAGCGACGAGGGAGCGUAUUCUGGGCCUGAGUCAACGGAAGGUGACACAUUAAACAUUAAGAAAGCUCACCUAGAUUUUGCCUUUAAUCUCGAGAGAUUCAAUCUGAGCAGAGUAUACUAUGGAGAAUACAGAGACAGUUUAAAGAAAGUCAUGAGAAAAUUAGCUAAAGCUAAAGACUCGCUUCGCGAUAAACGAAACGAUCUAGAGAAUGAGAUGCUGAGUGGCAUCAAGCAAUUAGUUGACAGAACUCAGUUUGGUAAGGACGGAGUCCUAAUAUCCAAACAGAACAUUGAAACACAGACAUUUGAUAUACAUGACACACCAAGUGCUAAUCAAGAGAACUGGUCAGAGCAAGAUAAUGAAGGCGAACGUCCCCUAGAAACUGAGAAGAGACUCAAUAGGUCGUCUACUACGAGGGGCGAUAAUGAGGCAUCAGAGCUCCCCCAUAGAGAUUUGAAAGGGGAGGAACAAGAAGACGCCAAAAGAAAGAUCAAUGACGAGAGGGACGCUCCAGGAGAAACAUCUGAUGAAAGUGAAGAACAGCUGCACCAUAGCUUGAAAGACGAAAAACUAGAUACAGGUAUUCCUCAAGAGGAGAUAAAUCAGGGUGACGAUAACAACCACGAGGAUUCUCUUCAAAACAGCAAUAUUAAAAAGGACGACUCGGACGACGCGGACAAGAGGUCAGGGUUGCCAGCUAAACGUCAGGAUGACGGCUCUCCAAAAAAGCCUCACCGCAACGAGGGAGCAAAAGAAGAGGAGGCUUUCAGAGAAAAUGAAGAUGAAAAUGAAGAUCAAGAAAAAGAGCAAAAACCCGAAACAGAAAACUCAGUGGAUAGGGAUGAGGAAUUAGGAAACAAUGAAUCUAUUCGUAGCAGCGAAACAGGAAGACUCGGGGGAUAA